UAAAGCCCUGUUUCUUUAAUUAAGUUCCUGUGUUUGUGUUGCCUGACUGCUUGGUCCCUCACAAUUGGUGGCAGCGGUGGGAUCAUUCAGUGGCAGGCACAGGGUUUUCUCUCUUUUUUUUUUAAUUUCUUUGUUUUUCCCCCGGUUCCCCUCCAUUGAGGAAAAAUGGUUCGUGGAGGAAGAAGUGGGAAAGACCAAGGAGCACUGGUGAGCUCACAGAUGCCGCAGGAGAGGCUAGCUGGGAGUGAAGAGGCUGACCAGGGAGCUUCCAGUGGUGCGGAUGGUAUAGAAGGUGAAGGAAAGGAGCCAACUCUGUCUGAUUUGAUGGCUGUUUUUCAAGCCCAUAUGGGGCAGCAGGAGGCCCGAGAAGAGAGGCAGAGGGAGAUCGCUGCAAGACAGGAACAACGGUUUAAAUCACUGCAACAUCAGUUUCAGCUAUUGCAGAUGGAAGUGCAGGCCCGGACCUCACCACCACCAGAUCCCCUACCAGCAGAUGAGCCCCUGGAUUUGGAGGAGCCUUAUCUCCCUCAGGCCCAAGAUGGGGCUAUGGCUAUAACCACUAAUCCAGCCAUGAGUGCGAAGCAUGUAGGUGGCCAAAAGUGGACUGGAUUUUUCAUUUAAUGCCGUUGCUGACUGGAAAAGCUAGAGGCGCAUAUGUGCAUAUGGAUGUGGAUGACGCCCUUGACUACGACAAGGUAAAAGGUGCCAUUUUUUCUAAGUAUGAAAUUAAUUCUGAGACCUAUAGACAGAGGUUCCGCUCCCUGGAGGUUUACCCUGAUGAACGUCCCAAGGAAUUGUAUGCAAGACUUAAGGAGCUUUAUGGGAAGUGGUUACAGCCGAAAGGUAAAACCAUUGCUGAGAUUGGUGAAAUUAUCAUAUUGGAGCAAUUCUUGAGAAUGUUGUCCCCUGAGCUACAGAUUUGGAUCCGGGAACAUGACCCUAGUUCGGGAAUGGAGGCUGCUAAGUUGGCUGAUGUGUUUGUGGCUGCCUGGAGGAAGGGACAGCCAUGGAGCUACACCUCAGGGAAGAUGGUAAAAGAGAGCCACAAACCUACCCAACAGCAGAGUCAGAAACUAGUGGCGGGUAAGCCACCUUUGUGGGAGAAUCAGGCAGCUACUAGGCCAUUAAGGCCUUUGGGUCACAAGCUAAUUUGUUACCUUUGUGGAAUAGAAGGACACACGAAACCUAUGUGUCCUAAAAAUUCAGCUAAGAUAACACAAAUGUGUGUGGUGCCGCGCCGUCAUGCUGAGUCUGAGCCCCAUAGGAGUAUGUCGGUUAAAGUAGUACAUACUGAAAUUAAUGGGACUGCUCUAAAGGCUUUGAUUGAUACAGGAAGUGAUCAGACCCUCGUCAACAGAAAGUUUGUUACGCCUAAUGUGGUUAACACCAGAGACACCAUUCCUAUCUGUUGUGUACAUGGGGAUGAGAAAAGAUAUCCAACAGCAGAUGUGUACAUAAAGGUAGAGGGUGUAAUUUACCUUGUGAACAUUGGGGUUGUUGAUAACCUACCUUAUCCAGCUGUGUUAGGUCGAGAUCUUCCGGUGAUUUUUGAUUUGUUGGAGUCAGACAGAAGGCGAAAAUGUAAUGUUGCUGUUACUAGAACACAGGCUAAAAGGUCCUUUGAGUGCCUGGAGGGACUCAGUGCUCUACCCUUCUACAAUGGUGAGUUGGAGAUCUUGCCCGGGAAGUCCCGGAAAACCCGUCGUCAGAGAAGAGUGGAGAAAUUCCAACACACAGUUGUGGAACCUCCAACCAACACUGAUCCAGAGUUAUUUUCAGGGUUCCAGGUGCCAGCCAAUGUGAUGGAUAUGCAGAGAACUGAUCCAUCUUUGAAAUCUCUUUUUAAGGAAGUAAAGGAGAAGGAGCCAGGAGUUGGACUGGAAUGCAUUGAGGGCUUUAUUUUGCAAAAGGGCAUUCUCUAUCGGCAGCAGGGGUCAGUGCGGCAGCUGGUGGUCCCCCAAGCA